CGAAGAGGUUUAAACAUUUUAAUUAAUUUAUUUAUUUUUUUGGAUAAUAAACCAUAUUUAUUAUGGAAACAAAAGGAAGCAAAACUGUUUCAGCCAGCAGUUUGACUACCAUUCCAAUAGCAGAUAGUGUGGUUUAUGUUGCUAUCAAAGGUUCUUUGCACGCUCAAGACUGUUCAGCUUUUGGAUUAGGACAAGAAGAGAUUAAAGCACUUGUUCAAAAAUUCGCUGGAUCUGGUUCGAAUGUUGUCAAUGGAAUUACAAUAAAAACUAAUGUUCUUCAUGCUAUAAAUGCUUUGGGACAGUUGGGAUAUAAAGUUGUUUCCAGCACUGGAGAGGCUGAGAUCACUUGGACACUGCAAAGAGAAAUUUAA